AUGUUCAUUUUGCUUGCGGUCAUAUUUAUAUGGGAAAAAGUAACUUGUUAUACAAAUCAAGAUAACAUUGAACAAUUAAAAUAUAUGAUUGCCAAUGAUGAUUUAUAUAAUAAUUUAUUAACAACAGAAAAGUUAAUAAUAGAAUUUUUCAAACACGAUGAAUUAAAAUUGCCCAUAUUAAAUCCAGGGGUUUCGGAAUAUCUAAAUAUGUCUAAUUUUACCAUAAUUAAGCAUAAUGUUGGUAUAGAAAAUGAAACUGAUUAUGUUAUACCUAAUAUAAGUGCUAGUGCUCAGGAUUUAAUAAAAUAUGAACAUAUUACGAAACAGCAACUGGUGAAAACUUAUAAUGCAGAGGAAGCAGAUUUAUAUAAGAAAAAGAGUUUACUUGUAAGAUCUUUAAAAAUUGUAAAAUUUAUGUUAAUACCCAUGGAUUCUUAUAAAGAAACAAAAGAUUUAAAGAAAUCACUGAUGGCAUUAAAUGAUAUCCUCGUGGAAAAGGAUGAAAAAAAAGAAGAAGAGAAUUCGCAAUUAUAUUCUAAAUCGUAUUUUCAAAGUAUUUUAAAUUAUAUUAAUGAUAUAAAGAAAAUAAAGCCAAAAAAAAAUGUAUAUUCAUAUUCAAUAAUAGGUGAUGAUUUGUUAAAAAUACAGAAUUCGAAUGAUUUAUUUUUUACAACAAAUGAUAAUAUUGAUUUCAUGAAUAAGUUAGAUGAGUUGUCACGUCAUUUUGGCAUAUCUUUGUAUAACUUAGUUGGUUCACAUCUUAUAGCAUUAGGACAUUUUGUUACCCUAAAUUUAGCCCUUAGGAAAUAUAAUAAUUUUUUUGUAUUAGGAGAUGUGAAAUUUUUUAGUUGGGAAAAACUCUUAAGUUUUAAUAUAUCAGAUAGGUUUAAAACACUUGAUUCAAUGUGUAAUGUCAAUAGUUUAUAUAAUAUAGAAAAAAAAAGAAGAAGAAAUUAUUUGAGUGAUAAUAGAAGAUUAGCAUUCGAUGAAUGUAAUAUAUUAGAGUUCUUGGUUCACAAUUUUAAUAGAUAUCAUAUAUCGCUACUUAUAAAUAUUUAUCAAGAUAAUUUUAAACCCAAUUUAUUUUUAGAACAUACACAUACAAAAAGAGAAUUCUUCAAAUUUAUAUGUGGUGAUACAACUAAAUGUAACAUAUAUAAUAGUGGUCAUUUUGCAAUUGAAGGUGAAGAUAUAACUAAUUUAAAUAGUAAAGAAUCUGAUACUGAUUCAUUAAACCCAUUUAGUAUAUACAAAAACUUUUUACAUUUUUCAAGAUGUUAUACUAGGUUCACUCCAGAACAAAUUUUAUAUAUACACUUUUUAAAUUUAACUGGAAUUUUAAAUAAUGAGAACAAAGCUUACGUGAGUUCUCUUUACUUACCUGGAUACUUCAAUGCUAUUGAGUUAACUUUUGAUGAAGAUUCUAAUCUCUCAGAUCUAAUGGAUAAUUUACUACAAUGUGUUGAAAAAUGCAAAUCAUUAGCUACAGAAAAUAUAGCAUCAAAAGAUGAAAAUAAUAAGAUCUUAGAAUAUGAACAGAGUACAUUUACAAAGUGUAAUAUUUGUAAGGGAGCACUCGUAUAUAUGAACUUGAAGCAUGAAAACUCAUCGUCCAUGUUGCAGAAGUUUUAUAUGUAUACUACUAAAGUUGUUAACAUAAAUAAUAUAAGUACCUUAAUAAGAAAUAUGAAUGUUUAUGAAGAUUAUGAUAAUUUUUUAACGAACGAUUUAAAUUGGUAUACAUUUUUAUUAUUACUGAGACUUACGUCUUUUAAGGACAUUGCAGAUAAAAAUAUAGGAGAAGCUAUGUAUUUAAGUUUAGAAAAGGAAGAUGAUUUUAAUAAAACUAUUACUACAAAUUAUUGGUAUCCAUCCCAUUUGAAAAAGGCUUAUACUUUAUUCGUAAGAAGUAAUUUAGCUGUUAACUUAGUAGAAAAAUUAGAGAAAUUGUUAAGUUCUGAUGCCAUAGAAAAAAUGAAAAAAAGUAUAAGAUUUAUAGUCCACGUAAAUUCCUUUUUACAAUUAGAUUUUUUUCACAGUCUUAAUGAACCACCAAUUGGAGAACAACGUUCAUAUCCUCUAGCUUUGUUACUUGAGAACCAAUUUUUACAAUGGUUUCACAAUUCUAACUUAGGCUAUUUUUUUUUAAAUUAUGAUGAUAAUAAUACAAGAAAACGAAUGCAUGAAAAAGUUCUAUCACAAAAAUUUAUGGCACCCAAAUAUGUUAGUUGGAUUUUACAUUUGAAAAAGCAUAUAAAUAAAGCAUAUGCAUCAUAUUUUAAUCAAAGGCAUGUAAAAAAUAUAUAUAAGAAUCAUAAUAUUUUUAAUAUAAAUAAUAAAAUAAUGCUAAUGAAGGAUUCCUAUGAACUUUACGAAAAUAACUAUAAAGAUAUAAUUUUUUUUGCAGAUAUAUUUAAUUUAAGAAAAUAUCUAACAGCUACUCCCGCGGCAAAAAAGUUUACAGACAGGCUUCUAUAUUUCAUGCAUUCAAUUUAUGGUAACGCUUUAAAUUUUUAUAAAUACGGUAUGAUAUAUGGGUUCACAAUAAAUAAAACAUAUUUGAAAGAAUUUAGCGAAGAACUAUUUUCAAUUUAUAAAUUGAACAAAGAUGACUUUUCAGAUGUCUCCUUUUUACAAUCAGUUUAUUUACUCAUUAGAAAAAUUGAAAAUAGUUUUCAUGGGCAUAGGAUAAAUGAUAAAAUAAGUUUAAAUAAUUUGUUUUUUUUCAAUGUUUCAAAUCACUAUUCAAAAAUGAGCAAAGAACAGAGAUUUGAAGAACUCAAUAAUUCCAUGGCAUCUAGAUUCUUUUCAAAAACAUUAUUUUCUAUAUUUCAAAUGAUGUUUUCUACAAAAUUAAGUAAUUAUGCAGAUGAGCUUGAUAGAACGUAUGGAAAAGAAGAAAUGCUUGGUUUAACCGUAAAUGAAAAGGCCUUUUUUAAUUUUGCAUAUGCAUAUUAUGGUAGUAUAAUGGAUAAUAUAACAAAUAGUCUUUUGCCUCCGUACGCCAAAAAGCCAAUAACUCAAUUAAAAUAUGGAAAAACAUUUAUUUUCUCAAAUUAUUUUAUUUUAUGUAAGCAAGUGUUUUCAUUAUUAAAUUUAAAUAAUUUAAGUCUUUUAUGUGAAAACCAAGCAAUAGCUAGUUCUAAUUAUUAUUCUUCGAAAAAAAUGGAUCAAUUUGUUGAUAAAAAGUUUGUAUCUAUUGUUGUGGGUUUUGCGUAUUUAAGAGUUUUAGAUGUACAGAAUAAGGCAAAUGAAUUGCAAAAUAUAUAUAGUAAACUUACCUAUUUUCCAGGAACACCUAAUCCUCUGCUUUGGCUUGGUAUACAUAUGGCUACUAAUUUAUACUUUGAUACUGGAAGAUUUUUUCCUGUAUCGCUGACUGAUAAAUUAAAUGAACAAACUGAUCAUAUUACAACUGAAAGUGCUAGCAUAAAACCAGGAACUUUUGGAUUCUCAAAAAUUUACCCUUUAGAACUGCUUAAUGGAUUGACUUGUGUUUUUUUUGUAAAUACUCUUUUUCGAUACUAUGCUUUUUAUCAAAACUUUUCCUUUUUUUUUAUAAAACCUGUUCGUUUUAUGACAAGAUAUCAUACUGCAUUUGAAAGUUAUGUUAACAAUAUUAUAAGAACAAAUUUUAGAAAGUAUACGACUGAUGAAAUAUUAAAGUUUGCGCAAACAACUUAUUUAAAUAUUAAAAAAAGGGGUUUCUUAAAAGAAGCUAUAAAAGCUAGGAUUAAAGCUAAAAAUGUUAACUAUCAUCCUAUUAUAAAAAAUUUGGAUGGAAGUAUGCCUAUGUUAACACCACAAGAAUACGAACGUUUAACAAAAGCUGAUUAUACAUUGUAUGUAGAUGAUGGUGCAUCUUUUGAUGAAGUAGAUGAAGACGAAAAAUUCUUAAAUGAUAAAGAUUAUAUAUGUUCUAAUGAUUUAAGAGGUGAAACCAAUGCUUUGUCACAGUCUACUAAACUUCAGGAAGAGGAAAAGAAUAAAAAUGAUAAAAAGUUAAAACACAAAAAUGAAGGAAUGAACGAAACAAACAAGCAACAUCAAGAAGAGGCUGAUAAUGAAGACAAUAUAAAAGAGAAAGAUGAAGAAGGUAAUAAAAAAGAACAAAAUGUUAAAGAAGGUGUGGUUGAUGAAGUCCUUAUGAUUACAAGAAAACCAGAUUAA